CGGCCAGCCGGAGGCGAACAAAAGCUUUCGAGGCGCCAUAUCCGGCUCCGAGGGAGGAGGGCGAAGGAGGCCGCGCGGCGGGCUCCCCAUGCCGCGGAGGGGCCGCCCCGGCCAUGAGCGGCCCGUUCUUCUGGGACCAGCUGCGGGCCGGCAGCUCUGAGGUGGACUGGUGCGAGGACAACUACACCAUCGUGCCCGCCAUCGCCGAGUUCUACAACACGAUCAGCAACGUCUUAUUCUUCAUUCUGCCGCCGAUAUGCAUGUGCCUAUUCCGUCAGUACGCGACGUGCUUCAACAGCGGAAUAUAUUUAAUAUGGACUCUCCUUGUCGUCGUCGGAAUCGGAUCGGUGUAUUUCCAUGCAACGCUGAGUUUCUUGGGUCAGAUGCUUGAUGAACUUGCUAUCCUCUGGGUCCUGAUGUGCGCUCUGGCCAUGUGGUUUCCCAGAAGGUACCUGCCAAGGGUUUUUCGAAAUGACAGGGGCAGGUUUAAAGUCAUGGUCUGUAUCCUUUCUGGAGUCACUACUUGCCUCGCCUUUGUUAAACCUGCCAUCAAUAACAUAUCUUUGAUGACCCUGGGCAUUCCCUGUACGGCACUGCUCAUCGCAGAACUGAAAAGGUGUGAUAACGUGCGGGUCUACAAGCUGGGCCUUUUUUCCGGUCUCUGGUGGACCCUGGCUCUCUUCUGCUGGAUCAGUGACAGAGUGUUCUGUGAAAUGUGGUCUUCCUUCAACUUCCCCUACUUGCACUGCGUAUGGCAUAUUCUCAUUUGCCUCGCUGCCUAUCUGGGUUGCGUCUGCUUUGCGUACUUCGACGCCGCCUCGGAGAUACCGGAACAGGGCCCUGUCAUCAAGUUCUGGCCCAGCGAAAAAUGGGCGUUUAUAGGAGUUCCUUACGUCUCCCUCCUCUGCGCCCACAAGAAGUCUCCGGUCAAGAUCACCUGAUGCCAAGUAGAGCAGAUGGACUCCCUAUUUAUUUUUCUCACUCACUGGGUUUAAUUAAUGGUAAGGUCAGGGGAUGCGGAGUCUGGCUCUAUUUGACUUUUUUUUGUUUCUACCCCAUCUGAACGUGGAAUCCACAAGGGUGCGAUUAUGGCAGAAAAAAAUGUAUUUCCUCUCUUCUCUUCUGGAGAGGGGACUGAAACUCUUUGUAAUAGAGAAAUCUAGAAUGCCCUUGGUUUUUUUUUUUUCUUUCUUUCUUUCAUGAGCUUUAUUUUUAGAUGCGGCAGCUUGUUUGGCUAUAAAUUAUCUUUAAAAAAUGGGGAUAACCGGGUGUCCCCGUCAGACCAAACGACAGACUGAAUCGGAACUCCGAAUCUAUUUAUCGAUGUUGCUUCCCCACACGUGUUUUCCUAAACUGUUUCUAUGAGAGUGAACAAGUGAAUCUACCUUCUGAGAUGCCAAAGAUCCCAUUUUGAAAGACAGCUGACAGUUGGAAAAAUGGACAGAAAAGAAAAAAAAGCACAAGAAAUCCAAGUCCUCUUUUCUUUCCUCUCUCCCUCCUCCCCAAAACCAAUAAUCACAACAUAAAUGGCUGAAA